AUGGUUCUGCUUUAUUUGUGUUUUGUUUAUGUAUCUGUUUCUAUUCUUACUGGCACGAUAUAUAGCUGGUUAGUUUCCUUGAAUUUUGUUGACUUUGAUUUUCUUGAUUUGGUAAAUACUAUCAGUGCAAGUGCUAGGACGGUGAGGAAAGAUAAGCCACGUGGGCGUCAUCAUGGUCUCACUCAACAGAAGAGGCAAGAGAUAAAGGAAGCUUUUGAACUGUUUGACACUGAUGGCUCAGGUUUUGAAUCUGUAACAUCGGAUUUAGGUAAAACUUGGAGAAAAAAUGGACCAAUAUAUAUCCCUGGUGAGGGACUGAGUGUGAUUCAACCUGUACCUUACCAGACAGCAAAUGGAAGUUUACGGGUUCUUUUGAGGUCUGCUAUUGGCAGAGUUUGUAUGUCGGAAUCCUUAGAUGGAGGACUUACCUGGAGCCACGCACAGCCGACUGUACUCCCAAAUCCUAAUUCAGGAAUUGAUGGGGUGAAGCUAAAGGAUGGUCGUGUUGUGCUUGCUUACAAUAUUGACUCGCGAGGAUUACUCAAGGUUGCUGUGUCUUGUGAUGAUGGUGACUCGUGGAUUGAUGCUUUGACUCUUGAAGAUACUUCAGAAAUGGAAUUCUCGUAUCCAGCUGUCAUCCAAGCCAGCGAUGGAUCCGUCCACAUCACUUACACUUACAAAAGGACACAAAUUAAGCACGUUGUAGUUCAACUCAAUUGACUCGGUGAAACUUGUAUUUCUGUGGCAACCUCUGCUAGCCUUUUCCA